CACUAGGCGUUACAGAAAACACAGAGCUGGUUAACGGCGUACUUUAAUCCGGAGAAGGCUAACUUUGAAACGUUCUCCCUGUAACUGGUUAUCGUAUUGGCUAUUGUGAGACAAUUCGGACAACUUCUUAAAAAUCCUCACUUGAUAGUUUAGUCGUCGUUAUUUCAGGAAGACGUGUUUAGGGAGGAAAGAAGAUGGAAGGACGCUCAUUGUUCUUGAUGUGGGGCAGCUAGCGAGAAUUUUGCAGCCAUGGUUAAAGAUCCCAAUAAGCCGAGGGGGAAGACGUCCUCCUAUGCCUUCUUUGUACAAACGUGCAGGGAGGAGCACAAAAAGAAGCACCCGGGGACUUAUGUGAACUUCGCUGAAUUCUUCAUGAAAUGCUCAGAAAGGUGGAGGACCAUGUCUGCAAAGGAAAGAACAAAAUUCGAAGACAUGGCCAAGAAUGAUAAGGCUCGCUAUGAGCGGGAGAUGAAGUCCUACGUGCCCCCUAAAGGUGCAAAAGGAGGGAAGAGGAAGAAGGACCCUAAUGCCCCCAAGCCUCUGUGCACGUUCUCGGGACUUUGCAUACCUUGCAACGAAGUAGCACAUUCUCUUGGCCAGGUUUCAUUGGGAGAUGGUUUAAGUUGAGGUCACAUAUUCCCAGCUUUAGUGUAACCCUCAAUUCUAAGAUUUCAACCACCUCCACAACAGGUCCGCCUUCUUCGUGUUCUGUUAUGAGCAUCUGAGUGUCGGAUGUCCUCUUUGGACCAAAGAUCUCCUUCGUGAUCCCUUGCAAAAAUCGUUAAGGAGGGGGGCGGGAAAGCUGUCUGCUGCCGGUCCUCAGUUGGAGCAGACGGAGAACGCGAUGCAAUUACUCAUUGCACCAUAAGAGCCGUAAUCAAAACACCUUCCUCAUUCUGGUCAGCAUGCACUGUGGUGAUACGCUGUCUGCUCUCCGCAUCUACGUCGGCAACUUUAGAAGACUCGUGAUUUAAUGAAUGAUAGAAGUUUAAAAUUAGAUUAAUUUGAUAUAACGACUGAUAUUUGACACAGCGGUACACAAGGGUAUACUCACGGCCGGAGGGCUUUAUGAACAACAAACAAUUCGGAUAAUAUCAGACAGGUUCAACUAAUUAAAAUUAUGUGGUAACAGUAAAAAAAAAAUCCUCCCAAACAGAAUAAAUGAGAUGUGACCAAUA